AUGGCACAAACGCAGAAGCCUCAUGCGAGGACCCCGUCCAACGACCAGCGGACAUCGUGGUCCUGGAGGAAGCUCUUUGGCAAGGACGACAGCUCCAAUGCCAAUAGUGCAGCUCCCCCCUUGACCCCGCCCCCAGAAGAUGUGCAGCAGCGAUCCGGCCUUGCUCGCAGGCUAUCGAGGAAGGUUGUGCCGGGCCUGCCCCGACCUGGGACCUUCAAGAGACAGCAAUCAGAGCUUCGAGAUCGACUCGAACCAGAUAAACCCAAACCGGACGGGCGACGGACGCUAUCGGUAGACCGACGUCGAAAUGCUUCUUUCCGGAACUCCUCCACGGCGGUGGCAUCUCCUCCCCACAGGCUGAGUGCACCCGAGCUCCUCGAUAACGGAGCAACAAUCGACUCGGUGCUGGGGGAGUCCUCGCAGAUGGUACUUGUACCUGCAAGUCACUUGGAAGUGAAGGGCGAAGAAUAUGUGGAGGUUUCGAAAGAGCCAUCUUGUGUGGAUGCACAAUCAGUAUCAACCGAGGCUUUCGAUGAGAUGAUACUGGAGGAACUAGAGAAGAGAUGGAUUCUGAAUCUGAGUAUGCACUUCAGGGACAAGUCCCAGAGGGAGAAAUUCUUUGUCACUUUUGCCGAACAGCCUACCCAUUGGAGGCGUGUAACCAUCUCCCUCGACUACAGGGAGGCGCCUGUGGGGUCCUUGGAGGAAGAACUGCAGCGAACGCACUACCAGAGAGACAAGAGUGCGCGGAUUUACGAGGCGAUUCGCGAGUCGCUGCCCGACAUCCAGUUCUACGACACUGUCACAAAUCUGAAGUUACAGACCGAGAAUGAGAGACUGCACGUUCAUGUGGUCGAGGACAUCUCUGAAGUCAUCUCAUUUCCGCCAGUCAAGGCCAUCAACCACCUCAACUGCAGGAGGGUGCGAGAAGAUGCUAUUGUUUUCGAUUCCCAUCUCUCGGGCUUCGUCUACAAAGUGAAGGUUGAUGGCCAGGUAUUCAUCAAGAAAGAAAUUCCAGGUCCUGACACUGUAGAUGAGUUCCUCUAUGAAAUCAAUGCUCUGCAUCAGCUGUCAGGCUCGAAAAGCGUUAUUCAGUUCGGAGGGGUUGUUCUCGAUAACCGGGGCGAGUUUGUCAAAGGACUCCUGGUCAGUUUUGCUGAGCAGGGUGCUUUGAUUGACGUGAUUUAUGACGGCGAGGGAAGAAUUCCCUGGAGGCGUCGUGAGCGUUGGGCGAAACAGAUCGUUCAAGGACUCUCGGAAAUUCACGAGGCUGGCUUCGUCCAAGGCGACUUUACCCUGUCCAACAUCGUCAUUGACGCUGACGAUAAUGCAAAAAUCAUCGACAUCAAUAGGAGAGGUUGCCCAGUCGGAUGGGAGCCCCCCGAAGUAACUGCGCUCCUCCAGAGUAGUCAGCGAAUCUCGAUGUAUAUUGGGGUCAAAUCGGAUCUGUAUCAGUUAGGUAUGGUUCUGUAUGCCCUGGCCACGCAGCACGACGAGCCGGAGAACCAUCGUCCACUGAAUAUAUCUUGCUUCUCGCCCGAAGUUCCGGACUAUUAUCUGGACUUGUGCAGUCGCUGUUUAGCUGAUGAUCCGAGGUGUCGAUCACAGGCUUCGAUAUUGCUCACGUUGAUUCCAGAAGCAGGUGGGGGUCACUCUGAGCAUGGCCGGUCAAUUCCAAUUGUGGCAGAUGCAUGCUACGAUCCCGAGAAGAAGAGCCAUGCAAAUGGCCACAGACUGGUGAACCCUUUGACGCUCCAUCCUCAUUAUACAGAAGCAGGUGAUGUGGCAGGACCGGUUGAUGUUUACGAAUAUGCCGUCACCGAUACUGCUGAAGAACCAGAAUACCUUAGUCGAGGCAGAUCUCCGCCGGCAAAUCACAGGCGAGACAGGGCGCCAUCCACAAUUCCACUCCCAGAGUCCAGCCUCACGUCCACCUACGAUGGCAAUGAUGGGGAUGCACUAACGGCGGACGAGACAGUCGAACCGUCAGUCCUUUAUGUGGACCCAGAUACUGCAUCAAUAAAUGGGGACAUGGAUGCCUCAGCUCUUCCCCUACCACAUUCCAGCACAGGAUCCGGAUAUCUUGACAGACACACUCUAGACACCCCUCCCACAAAAGAAGCUAUCGAACCCCCGAUAUUAGCAUCCAAACACGACAACACGGACCCACAGUACACCUCUGACAUGGAGAAACAGCCCAUGUUAUUCGAAGCGAUAGAGCCGCGACUCACAGCAGCGGUGAACCUCACACCGACAGGAUACCCAGACGAUUUAGCAUUCAUUGGAACCGCCCAUGCCACUCCUUACGAGGUUAUUUCUUCAGCGAAUCUAGAUGACGAUUUGACGACAGAUGCGCAUAAUGACAGGCAUGUUCUUGAGAACUCCACGCUUGGGAGUUGA